CUUCCUCAGAUCCAUUCUCUGCGCUGCCAGCUCAGGACACUGGUGAAGGAGCAGUGAGGAACCUGCAGAGUCACACAGUUGGGCUCUGCCUGCCCGCGCCCCCUGUAGCUGACCAAGCCAGCUGUGGGCCUGGAACAGAUCCGUGGGCUGCAGACCCCAGCCCCAGUGCCUAUCCCCCUGCAGCCCUGCUACUCGAACUGUGACAUGGAGAGAGUGACCCUGGCCCUUCUCCUACUGGCAGGCCUGACUGCCUUGGAAGCCAAUGACCCAUUUGCCAAUGAAGUCGAUCCCUUCUACUAUGACUGGAAAAACCUGCAGCUGAGUGGACUGAUCUGCGGAGGACUCCUGGCCAUUGCUGGGAUCGUGAUGGUUCUGAGUAGCAAAUGCAAAUGCAAGAGCAGCCAGAAGCAGCACAGUCUCGUACUUGAGAAAACCAUCCCACUCAUCACUCCAGGCUCUGCCACUACCUGCUGAGCACAAGACCAGCCUCCAGGGACGGCCUGAAGCCUAACACUGGCCCCCAGAGCCUCCUCCCCUGGGAGGACUUAUCCUCAAGGAAGGACAUCUCUCCAAGGGCAGGCUGUUAGGCCCCUUUCCAAUCAGGAGGCUUUUUGUCUGAAUUAAACUCGCCCCACCACCCC